AUGUCGGCUUUCGACGAUAUGCCUUCCCUAUUCAUACCGAAGAAGCGGUGCCACGAGGAAAUACCACAUCUGACGGAUAGGAAAGACAGACUCAGCUCUGAGUCAGACAAGGCGAGGAAGAAGCUGAAGGCACACGGUUCUUGUAAUGCGCAGUUCUGGUCAGCAGCAGCCGAGGUUGAAGCGAUUGUACUAUCGAAAACACGAGUGGUUUCCGAGAUAUCUCUUGCGGAGUUUGAAGGGGAGCCCUCAGCUUGGGAAUGCACGGAGGAAGCCAAGAUGCUUUUCGAGCAAAUGCGAGCUCAACAAGUUCGGAUGACAUCGUACCGAAAGCAGGCAUUGACCCUCACGAGAAAAAGAGGAAGUUUACGCGAAAGCUUCAUGAACCUUUUUACAAGUAGCCGAAUGGGCCUCGGGAUCGCAACUGGAAUGGGCCCCAGGGAUUCUAGUGUUCAAAGUAACUUUCGACGUAACCUGCUAGCAGAUUAUGAGAGUGUCGGUGAGAACGGGCUUGUUUGGUGCCCAAUUAUUCAAGACUGGUUUCACUCGGAUUUUAUGACCGCUUCCCACCUGUUCUCAUACAGACACGGACAGGCGACUAUGGAUGUUAUAUUCGGAAAGGUCCGGCCAGCUGAACUCUUUUCAUCAAGGAAUGGGUUGAUCAUGUGCUCGAUUAUUGAGCGAUACUUUGAUGCCGGUGUCAUGGUGAUCGUUCCCAAUAUCCCCGAAAGGCCAACGAAUUCUAUGCUAUCGAACUGGAUACGACAGGAAAUCCGGGAGUACAAGUUCCGCAUCAUCGAUAGCUCAUGGGACCAGCUGGACAGGGUGAUAAAUAACACUGGCCUCACUUGGAGGAAGCUCGAUAACCGAGUGUUGCAGUUCCGAGGCAGCUACAGGCCUGCAGCACGCUAUGUGUAUUUCCAUUACUGCCUGCAGGUGUUACGACGCGCGUGGAAAGUUGGCCCCGGCCAGAGAGCUGCAUUCUAUCUCACCGACGAGUUGGGAAAGCCCUUUUGGGGCACGCCUGGACGCUACAUUGCCAAACAUAUGCUCCGAGCAUUGGUGGAAGAGCUUGGGCAUGAGUUUGAGCACUUAAUGGGGGGGGCAACUUUGAUGAGUAGAGGGGACGAUGAUUUACUGCUCAGCACCGCAGCAGCCCAGGUGGUCCAAGUGGACGGGUCGGAUGACGACGAUACUGAUGAUGAUGACAUGGAUGAAGAGGACUACUUCUAG